GUUAGGCCAGCAGACGCUAGCGCGCACCCCGUUCACGCUGUGUGCUCGGCUCGUCGUCGCGGAUUUCCACCACUGUUUAAUGACUGUGCGCUUUCCAUACUGAGAAAUUUGCAGCUAGGUAAAGUUCGAGGGCUUUACACAGCGCGCGAGCGAAGAAGUGUUUGCAACCCAAAUUUGUUGUAGCAGAAACUCCCGCGGCAGUUUUAUCAGACUGCUUGGAGCUGAGGUCCUGUGAACGCCUGAUCGCUCAGGGCCCUGGCGCCAUCGGUUUAGCACCUGCACGCGGUGGCCCGGGCUUCGUUAGCUUCGUUUGCUUCGAUAGCGCGGAUGCUGCCAGCUGCAGCAGCCUUGCACUCUUCGGCGAUGGUACCCAGCAGUGCUGCCGUUGCCCCAGUCCGGCUUGCGUGCCCUACACCUGCGCGGUCACUGGCGCCUGCUCGGGGACCUCCGUCAUCCGGGCACUGCUGGAGCAGCCCUCCGGCCGCACCGGCACAUUCCGGCGCUAGCUGGCAGCAGGCGGAGAUGCUGCCAGGACUGCUGCGCUUGCACGUGGGGGCUGCAGCGUGCAGCCGGUCUUCCGCCCUUGUGCCGGCCGCAGCGUGCUGCUCCGCAUCUUGGGGUGAUGGUGCCUGGAGCUCACCCGUAGUGGCUGCCGCAGCCUCCUCCCCUGGAUCGGACACAAGCAGCUGCUGCUCCACAUCCGCAGCUUCAUCGUCGGCCCCGCGGACAGCUUCUGUGCGCCUGCCGCGCAGUGCGGGGGUGUGGCUGGGCGCCCGCGCGCACGCCGCACAUCACCGAGUCUCGGUGGCCGCACCGGCGAUUUUAGGUGGCAACCGACACGCAUCCAUGUCGCCACUUGUGUCCGGACCGGCGGCUGUCUCAGCUUCGCCAAGCGGCCUGCCUGGCCCCUCGCUCUUGCCGCGGCAAGGCGCUGGGCUCCGCUGCCUCGCAACGAACGUGCGCGCCGGUUCUGCACCGGAGCAGCAGUCUUCGGCGCAGCCAUUGUCGAAGAAGCAGCAGAAGGCGGCUGCCGCUGCGGCGAAGCAGGCGGCGGUGGCACAAGCGGGUGGGAGUAACGGGCAAGAGGCGGGCGCGGCGGACGGCGUGCCGGCACCCGUGGUGCCGCCGCAGCCGAGCGUGCGGUACUCGCCGCUUCACUACAACAUCGAGGAGUUCUGCCAGCGGGUGGUGCCAACGGAGGGCGAGCGGCGACAGCGUCAGGAGGUCAUCGAGGCAGUGCGUGGCGGCGUGCGGCGCGUGUGGCCUGGCGCCCGCGGUGUGGAGCUGCAGGUGUUUGGCUCCUUUGCCAACGGGCUGUCCACGUGGAACAGCGACCUGGACUUGGUGGUGACCGGCAUCUACGAGCCGGACCGCAUGACGGGAGGCUACGAGAUCAAUGACCGCGGCCGCAUCACGGCCAAGCUGCGCAAGAUUGCGGAGGCACUGAACCGCAGCAAGGCCAUCGACAUCGAGCGCCAGCAGCUCAUCCCGCGGGCGCGCAUUCCCAUCCUCAAGCUGUGGACCAAGGCGCGUGUGACGGUGGACGUGAGCAUGAGUGAUGACAGCGGGCCCCGCGCCGCGCGCUACAUGGCGCAGCAGUGCCGCGCCUACCCACCCCUCAAGCCGCUGGUGCUGGUGCUGAAGGCGUACCUCAAGGCCUGCCGCCUGAAUGAAGUUAACUCCGGCGGCCUUUCCUCCUACAGCCUCACCAACAUGGUCAUCGCGCACCUGCAGGAGGAGCUCAAGUCGGGCCACGACGUGAGCGACCUGGGUGAGACGCUGUACACCUUCCUGCUGCGGUUCGGCGAGGAGCACGACUACAGCUCCCAGGCGGUGUCGGUGGCCAGCGGCGGCAUCGUGCCCAAGAUGUCUCUGGGCUUCGCCAUGGAGAGCGCUCGUCAGGCCGCUGUCACCAUGGGCUCCUACGAUGGCGCCGUCAGCUGGAACGAGCGCCUGUGCGUGGACUGCCCGCUGACAGGCCGUGACGUGAGCAACGGCACGUUUCGCAUCGACCUGGUGCGCGGCGCUUUCGUGCAGGCGGCGCGCAAGCUGGAGGCGCUGGCCCGCGGGCGCCGCAUCAGCGACACCUCGCUCAACUACCUGCAGGCGCUGUUCGACGUGAACCGGGUGCUUAAGCGGCAGUACGACCCCUACGAGCCGUACGAGGACGAGUACCUCAAGGUCAUUCGCAACAGCGACGACGAGGACAUGCCAGAGGAUGACCUGUUGGUCGGGGCCGGCGCCACGGGUGACGAGGACGACGCCGAUGAGCAGGGGGACUACAUGGAGCGCCGCUCGCCCGCGCCGGCCACGCCAAGCAGCCAGCAGAGCGGCCGGCGCCGGUGAGGCGGCCGGCCGCAGGUGAUGCAGAUGCGGCGGUGGCUUGAUGCAUGGGGGGCACGGCCUCGUGAUUAGAGCCUUCUUAUAUUUCAGCGACUAGACUCAGGAAAGGACCCUGUACUGGGUACUGUCCCGAUGGGGUAGGGGCACUGGGGCAGGUGCGAUGGGUUGGGGGUCGGUGUGGCGGUGACGGCGACAGAUGGCGGGGCUGAGCGCAGUAUAAUGGACGGCGUUCGCUAUGUGGUGUCUGGCGUUGUUGCAUCGUUGACUGGAAGAGUAAGGCUGGAGUCGUGCAAGUACGAUCUGGCGAAACUGCGCAUUCGGCUGCAGUAUGUGUGACUUUGAUCCCCGCCAAGUUAGUGCUAGUUUGCUUCGUUACAUCAGCAUUAACCUCGCGCAAGCCGCGCGCGGCCAUUUUGCAGACUCGAACCGGCUUCUUUCUGGACAACUCCGAAUACAUCCGGGAAGCUUUAGAAUAUGUUAGAGUGGCAAUACUUCUUAAAGUAAAU